AAACAACCCGAUUUUCAUUUGUGCCUUACAGUUGUUACUCAAUAUUGACUGCAGUCAUUGAACACGGGCUUCUGUCGCACUGCGUACCAAUCAUGCCGCCGUCAGCCAUAAUAGCGCCCUCGAUCCUGAGUGCAGACUUCGGUGCGCUGGGGAAAGCAUGCUCUGAUACCAUCAGCCAAGGCGCCGACUGGCUACAUGUGGACAUCAUGGACGGCCAUUUUGUUCCGAACAUGACCUUUGGCGCGCCUGUAGUGACCAUGAUCAGGCCACACGUGAACCGACCGAAGGAGGCACUGGGAAAAGGCACGUUCGAUUGCCACAUGAUGAUCGCUGAGCCAAAGAAGUGGGUGAAGGCAUUCCGCGACGCCGGAUGUGAUCUCUAUUGCUUCCACUACGAGGCCGCUGUUGCUUCCACAGCUGCAGAGGCACCAGAGACGCACAGCAACCAGAAGACGAACCCCAAAGAAAUGGUCAGAUACAUCCACGCCCAAGGGAUGAGGGCAGGCGUGGCCAUCAAGCCUCAGACUCCGGUGCAUGUGUUGUACGAGCUCUUUGACAGCGAGCACCCAGAGGAAGUGCCUGACAUGGCUCUCGUGAUGACCGUGGAACCCGGCUUCGGUGGUCAGAAAUUCAUGCCAGACAUGAUGCCAAAAGUGGAGGCGUUGCGCCAAAGGUAUCCCGAGCUCAACAUCGAGGUCGAUGGCGGACUCAGCGAGAAGACCAUCGACACGGCCGCCGAUGCGGGUGCAAAUGUGAUUGUGGCCGGCAGUGCAGUAUUUGGCGCUCAAGACCCCGGAAAUGUCAUCGCUGCCCUCAGAGCGGCAGUGGAGAAGCGUCGGUGACUAGAUCAAUUUACGCGGGAAUACUCUUAUCUAUAGCUGAUCGAAAUUAUAUCGAAGCUGAAAUAGAAGAGUAGGUAGGUUUCCAGGCUCUGUAGAGAGGAGACCCUCGUGCACUAUAUGUAAAUGGAGUCAAGAAGGCUAUACUACCAAAACAUAUGGGUAGGUUGUUCUGCCUCAGGCAAACUUGGCAGAGGCAAGCCAACAAUAACUGAUUGUUCACUUGA